CAUCGCAAACACUUGGUUGCCGCGUCAUGUCUAUCCACUCAGUUUCCGCCAGUUGGAUUCCUCUUCCCCCUCACGUGUCACCCUCCAAAACCCUACCACCCCAUUCCGCAACCGUGCUCCACCACCACCACCACCACCACCACAGUUAGUUAACUUAAUUACUUGUAGUCAUUCCUUUUAGAUUUUUCCGGGACACUUGAUUUUUUUACUACUUCGUGAAGAUUAGUGCGUAGCCGGAGAGUUGUUCGGCGGAUUUUUGGGUUUCGUUUUUCUCCUUUUCUCUUUUUUUUGGGGGUUUACGAAUUUAGGGAAUGAAAUCUUAAUUUUGCUACCGUUGGAUCUUCGGGAGAUUCACGGCUGUCUGUUUCUGGUGUGGUUGUUGGCGUUUUUCUAUAGACUCGUAGUAACAGCAACCAACAACCGAAAUUGAGUUUUCGCCCGUCCGACUUGGACUCCUUUUCCUUCCACCUCAUACCAGGUCAGAAGAUCUUGACAGUGCUCCAUGCUGUUAUAUGAAUUUAGUACUAGGUGCUCAGGCAGCUUUGCUAGAUGUCCAUUGCGAUAUCUUAUAUCUGUUCUAUUUCUUGAAAGCUACUAUCAAGAAUGUUGGGGAUCCUGUAAAAGAAUCACCAGAACAGGGUUUAGAAAAUUUGGGCACAAUCUGCUGCUGCUCUAAUGGGGGCUGGGGAAGAAAGCACUCCAUCAAAAUCAUCCAAACCUGCAUCCUCAGCGCAGGAAGCACCCGUUACACCUACUACGCCUGUGUAUCCUGAUUGGUCAAGUUCAAUGCAGGCUUUUUAUGGUGCUGGAGCAGCUCCACCUUUCUUUGCUUCAACUGUGGCUUCUCCCACUCCCCAUCCUUACAUGUGGGGAGGCCAGCAUCCUAUGAUGCCACCUUAUGGGACCCCUGUUCCAUAUCCAGCUUUAUAUCCUCCUGGGGGAAUCUAUGCUCACCCUAAUAUGGCUGCGCCUCCAGGUUUUGUACAUGGAACUGCAGAAUCAGAUGGGAAAGUAACUGAUGGGAAAGAUCGUCCGUCAAGCAAAAAGUCCAAGGGGGCUUCAGCAAAUCAUGGCAUGAUUGGUGGAAAGACUGGAGAGGGUGGAAAAACAGCCUCUGGCUCUGGAAAUGAUGGUACCCACAGUGCUGAAAGCGGUAGUGAAGGUUCAUCAGAUGGAAGUGAUGAAAACAACCAGGACUUCUCUACAUCCAAGAAAGGAAGCUUUGACCAGAUGCUUGCUGAGGGUGCUAACGCACAGAACAAUGGUGUCCCUACUAAUUUCCCAAAUUCAGUACCUGGCAAUCCUGUAGUUUCUGUACCUGCAACUAACUUGAAUAUUGGCAUGGAUUUGUGGAAUACUACACCUACUGGUUCUGGACCCAUGAAACUCCGGCCAAAUUCAGUUGGUGUCGCUCAGACUGUUGCUCCAUCUGGCAUGAUGAAUGAUCAGUGGAUUCAGCAGGACGAACGCGAAUUAAAAAGGCAGAAAAGAAAGCAAUCUAAUCGUGAGUCUGCUCGGAGAUCAAGAUUACGGAAGCAGGCUGAGUGUGAAGAGCUACAACACAGGGUGGAAACAUUAAAUAGUGAGAACCGUAGCCUCAGAGACGAGUUGCAAAGGCUUUCUGAGGAAUGCGAGAAACUUACAUCAGAGAAUAAUUCUAUAAAGGAAGAGUUAACUAAGAUGUUGGGGGCUGACGCCGUAAGUAAAUUAGAGAAUGGCAAGUCUGAUACUCAUGAGUGUGGCGGAGAUGAAGGUAACUGUUAGGGAGAAAUUGACAAGCUGCGUAGAAUUUUCUUUUUAGUUGAAAGUCAUAAUGUUGUGCUUACUAAUCGUCUUACUAUACCUAAUUCUUCUACUAGUGUUGUAAUACUUAAUUCACUUUAGUUAUACCAGGUUUAAGGAUCCCAUUCUGUUUCUAAAGUUAGUGAUGGAGUAUCUUUGUGGCUUCUCUUGCUUCUAACCAAAUGUAUUGCUAUUUCUUUUCCUCGAGCAUCCAAGAUGUAAUUCUUUUUUCUCUUCUUGUUGGAGAUGGAUAUAUAACAUUUAUACAA